AUGUCGACCUCAACCCCUCUAGUCUUAGAACUCGCCACGAUCCAAGACCUUCCUGCCAUUACAGAGCUAUGGUUUACCGUGUUCAAUGACCCGGGCAUGCGCCACCUAUUCCCAGAUACGCCAGGGGUGCGUGAUUGGUUUACCGCAGCCAACCGCACCGCCAUGCUCACAAAGCCUUAUCAAAAAUACCUCAAAAUGAUCGACCCCAACACCAAAGAUGCCCAGGGACAGGCGCGGGUAGUCGCAUAUGCGAAAUGGGACCUGGCCAUGCCCGACGAGCGCGGGGCUCGGUUUCCACCUUGGCACGGGGACAUGCCUGGUCAAAUGGACCUUGACAUGCUCGGGACGCAUCCCGACUACCGUCAUCGCGGGGCCGGCUCUAUGCUUGUUCGCUGGGGGUGCGACAUUGCAGAUCUUGAGGGUGUUGGGGCAUAUAUCGAUGCUAGUAAGGCUGGUGUCCCAUUGUAUGCGAAGUAUGGGUUUGUGGAUCGCAGUGACCCCGCUAAACCGAGUGAGAUUGCCCCGAUGGCUCGAGGAUAG